AUGCGGGAUUUACUUCGAAAGCCCAAGGCUGCGACUUAUCUUAGUGGUGAGGGAUCAUCAACUGGCGGUGUGGUUAGUUCAAGCCAGGUUGAUAGUGAAAAGAAAAAAAGACUUUUAAGUCUUAUUAAUGAUGAUAUCUCUGGCAGUCUACUGGAUGUAUCUUUCCAGCGGAUGUCCAAGAAAGAAAAUGUUCCUCCUGGUGUUACUGUUUCGAUUGGGCCCCUGGAACUCUGGAGUGAUGAAUUUGAAGGGAAGGGAGGAUUUGGCCCGUACCGAUCAAAGCUGGAUGUAGCAGUGGUGGACAGCCAGCAAUUAGCACUUGAUUGUAUUGUGGCAACGAUUUUUGAUGGAUCAAAUGAGUUUGCUGGGGGAAGUUCUGAAGUUCAUUAUGCAUUACGUGGAAUAUACGAGGGUCAUAUAACCCUUGGUGAAAUAGAUUUCAGUCACAACACGGAGUUGGAGGCAAAUCCUAACCGUGAUAAUGGAGGAGUUCUUAGAAUAGGCGAUUUCGGGCUUGCAACGUUGUUUGAUGCGAGUAAGAGGCAACAGAUGACGAAUCGGGUUUUUACUUUAUGGUACAGAGCACCAGAGCUUCUUCUUCAUGGUGUUAUUGAGUACAGUGUUGGUAUUGAUUUAUGGAGCGCCGGUUGCAUUUUAGCUGAGUAA